AUGGGAAUGAAGAGUACUGGUGGAGAGAUAGUUCAAGUUCAAGGAGGUCACAUUGUUAGAGCAACUGGUAGAAAAGAUAGACAUAGCAAGGUUUAUACUGCGAAAGGUCCUCGCGAUCGGCGCGUUCGAUUAUCAGCGCAUACCGCGAUACAGUUCUACGAUGUUCAAGAUCGGCUCGGCUACGAUAGGCCGAGUAAAGCGGUUGAUUGGCUUAUCAAGAAGGCUAAGUCUGCUAUUGAUAAGCUCGAUGAGCUUCCUCCAUGGAAUCCAAUUGAGAAUGCAACAGAAGAGUUUCAAGAAGAGGAUGAGAAUAAUAAUGGUUUAGAAAGAAGUAAAAUGGUUAUUGCCGCGGAAAAUUCAGAAUCUUCUGGUUACAAUUUGCAGCAGAAUAAUCAACAUAACCAGAAUCAUAACCCUUCAGGUUUCAUUCAAUCAAGUAUUGAUAAUGAUGCUAUAGCGUUUUUUCCGACGAGUUCUGUCGGUGAUUCGAUGAAUUUUCAAAGCUACUCUUCUGAUAUAAUUUCAAGAACAAACAACUCAACGCAGGAUCUUGGUCUUUCUCUGCAUUCGUUCCAAGAUAAUUCAGGUUCAAAUGAUCAAACACUUUUCUCUGAAUCAAACCAUGUUGGAUUUGAUGCUAAUUAUCAUAGGAUUGUGAAUUGGAACAAUGAUCAUCAUGGAACAACGACUGAUAUGAAUAUGAAUAUGAAUAUGAAUAGAACAGGUUUCAUGGUUAAUAAUUCACCCGCGUCGUUUCUAGGCCACGGUUCGGCCUUUUCCGCCCAUAGGGGGACCCUUCAGUCCAGUUUUUCGCCUUCGCUUCGUCCUUGGAAUGAUAUUCCAAUGGCGGAUUCGUCUGUCGAUCAUCAUGAUCAGAAAUCUCAGCAGCCGAUUCACCAUGGUUCGAUCUUCGGUAGCAGGUUUUUGUCUGAUGCUUUGACAGGUUUCUGUAUUCCUGCUAGAAUUCAAGGAGACCAUGAGAAUCACGGAGUUGGCUCGGAACAGCCUUCGCCGUCUUCUAAUUCUCAUCAUUAA